UUAGUUGUCAUCGUGGUCGACCGAAAAAUCCAAUAUCGACCCUCCUGAUCCUCCAGAAGAUCCUGCUCCUUUGUCCAAGAUAUGGAAAUGGUUCACACGGCCAUUGGAGUUGCGGGCAUAGUGGCCCUGUUUAUGGUAGUUUCCCGUUCGGUGACUCAAGUGGGUGGCAGGGUGUUAAACCAAACCCGUGAUCCGAUCGCUGACCUUGUGAGACGCGGUGGUCCAGUGGCGGAUCAGCUGUCCGCCGUCGAGGGGGAAACUCCUCUAGUAGAGGGCGAUCGCAUGGAUGGCGCCUGCUCCGUGGUGCAAAGUAUUGGAGGCAAGGCGUGUGCCUUUGUAGGGCCAUUGCUUCCAAAGUUUGGCAGUGAACAUAAUUCAGAGGGCUCACCGAAGGAAGACGAAAAGGAUGAAAAUGACUCGGAGCCGGUAGCAGUAAAAGCUGAAACACCGCCAGCGGCAGAAUUACCCGAAGAGGAGUAGGAUCUGGUCAGCAAUUAAAGCUACCAGAAUAUAAAAGAAAAUUUUUAGUAUUUUCGAGUUGGCCUUGGAAAUAAACUUCACUCAAUUUGUGGGCUUUCUGUGAUUCGAAACCUAGAGACCUCAUUCAUUUUGAACAGCUUGGACUGAACACAUCUCUUUCGUGAAAUAAAACACAAAAAAAAAAUAUGAAAAAUUGAACAAAAAUUCUAAAUUCGUAGCCAAGGACUAACUUCAACGUAUUUCUUCAGCAGAAAAAAGAUUCCAGCCGUACCUUUUGAGCCCCACCUGCAGAUUUUAGAAGUGAUUCAAGUGUCCUUGACCAAAUCCAAACUUUCAAGAUGGUUCUGAUGCUUUGCUGCAGCUUCGAUCCCUUCUACGUUGGACCCUGCCCACCCGGCUGCCUGGCUCCCUUGAUGGGAGGAACUCCCUAUUGCGGAUGUGGUCCCUGUGGAGGUUGCUGUAGUCCUUGCUGUGGUCCUUGUGGUCCUUGUGGUGGAUGCAGCUCGUGUCCUUGCGGUUGGUGAAGCGCCCACUGAAGAUUAUGGACUUCAACCGCUAUCAUAGGCAUUGAUACGGCAGCAAGCGG